GAUAAGCCGCGCGCUCUCUGCCCCGGAAGCUCUCGGUUGGUAUUAGCAACGCUACGGCCGGUGAAGGCCUGCGCCUAAAGGGAGCCAAGAAAAAUAACGAUAACAAAGAAAAUUAAUCGAGUCGUCUAGAAAAUAUGCGAUUUGAUAGAUUUCAUCCGGCAGGAAACCUAGUUGCAUCUGUGCUGUCUUUCCUCUAUCAGAGGGGCUGCGGGGUCUCUCAUCAGCAUCAAAGCAGAGAGGGUGUGAAUCAGCUGAAGGGGGUUAGAGAUGAACAGCUCUUCCUCCCCACGAAUGGUCCUGAGCUACAAGCGGACCUCCAGCCCUCGAUCUCCGCCUAACUCAGGAGAGCUUUACACGCCGGCUCACGAGGAGAAUGUGCGCUUCAUACAUGACACAUGGCAGUGUGUGCUGAAGGACAUUAAGUCUCCACAGAGCAGUGACCGAGGACCUCAGGAGUACGUGGAGAAGAAUCCAAACCCCUCCCUGCUCUCUUUCACGCCAGUUGACUUGAGUGACAUCAAGAAACGGAACACACUGGACUCCAAGAAGUCUUAGUCUUCCAUCAAAUUGUUUUAGUCCAGCUGGUUUUAUACCCAAUCUUCCAUUGGAACACUCUUCCACUGGUUCCAUCUGUCAGGCAGCCAGUUCAUCCUGACAGUCGUUGCCAAGUAAGCCUCAGCCUCCCCAGAUCUCCAGACUGGCAGUUUGCGUUCCUUCAUCCCUCAGGGUGACUUGAAUCCCGUCACUUGGAGGCGUCUUAUCACCCUCUUUCUGCGUCAACCGGUCUUGCUUACACUCCAUAAUAUAUCCUCUGCACUGGAGGAUGGGGAGAGAAAGAUGGCUGGAAUAUCGUGUUCAGGGAUUUUCUCUUUUCCCACGUCAUUUUUUUAUAUUAUGAUGUAAAUGAAUAUAAAUUUCUUGGGGGGGGGAAAAAUAUAUAUAUAAAUGGGACCAACGCUGUGAGUAAGCAUUGAUUGGCUGAACAGUCUCUCCUGCAUGAUGCCCAAAGGACUCUCAAAAAAAACUGGUUGGUUUCCCACCACAGUCUGUAUUGUACAGAAGCACAAAUGCUGACCUAACCUUUCAUUUUGCCACAUACUUGCCACAUCCAGGUGUCCUAAAUGUCAAUGGGUUGGACAUUGAACAGGAAGAAUGGAUUUUUAUUUUAAACUUAAGUCUGAUUCAUAUCACUUUAGACCCUGAUCAAAUAUUGGAAACAAGUAUUGCUUUUUAAUCCAGGAAACCCUUCCUAUGUACCGGGAACCUAUUCCUAUGUACCGGGAACCUAUUCCUAUGUACCGGGAACCCAUUCCUAUGUUUAGGUCCAAGUAUCGGAUUGGAAUGCAUGGUAACACUCAAAUGGCUAAACCGUGACAUUUUCUGCAAAAGAGGUUCGGCUGUUUUAUUCUUGGAAAAAAAACUCUGAUUGGCCCUUGUAUUGGCAGUCUUUAAUUUUUAACUGCACUUGGAUGUUUUAAAUAAAUAAUUUUGUUUGCAUGGGGUGUACUUAUCCUGGGAGUAUAACCUGUAAACCUUGCAUCUGUUCUGAAUUACAAUAGUAGCCUGUCCCUGCUCUUUCUGGACUGGUCUCUGGCCUGAGGAAAAUGAAUAACCAUGAAGGAGGACUGGGACUAUUGGGAUGGUGAAUGACACCAUGGGUGUAACCCCAGUAAUGACUCUAGUACUGAAUUAUUCCUUGAGGAAAGUAACAGUCGUUAAUCGAUGAAGAAGCUAAGAAGCUAUGCAGUCUUGGGUUUACAUGCUGUGGAGUUUUGUCCCCUCUGUGACCAAGGAGAGGGAGAAUGAGUACAUGUUUCUCAAUGUAUAAAACAAAAGCUAAAGAUUUUGUUAUUGGGUUAGAAGAUGAUUUGUUCUGUUACAAAGGUGUAGGGGAUGAAUAAGGAAGCGUUAUUUACUGUCCUCUGAUGUUCAAAGGUGGGAAUUUCCACGUCAAACUUAGCACUGUUUGUUAUUCUCUAUAAACAGAAAAGGCCGAAAGUUAUGCAAAAUGAAAUACAUAAUUGUGUUGUAACUGGGAAUGUGCUGCAUAAAUAAAGCUUUCUUAAGUCA